AUGACGCCGGAACGAAAGUACGCCAUUCCCAAGGGCUCUACCGUUCUUGUGACGGGGGCGAACGGCUUCAUCGGCUCCCACGUCUGCAACGAGCUGCUGCAGCUAGGCUUCAACGUCCGCGGAACUGUACGUGACGUGGACCAGUGCGCGUGGUUGCCGAAGACCCUGGAGAGCCGGAAACCAAAGGGAGAGUUCAUGUUGGCUUCGUUGCCAGACAUGGAGAAGAACGGCGCUUUCGACUCUCUGGUUGAAGGCGUGUCCGCAGUGGUUCACGUUGCUUCGCCUAUCCUUUUCAGCCCGAACCCUGAGAACGUCAUCCCAAGCAGCAUCGCCGUGGCUCUGAAUGCGCUUAAAGCCGCCAACAAGUCACCGAGCGUGAAGCGUUUCGUCUUCACGAGCUCGUCUGUCGCCGCAGCACUACCGAAGCCAAACAAGAGAGGGAUCCAAGUGACCGAUGACAGCUGGAAUACCCAUUCGGUUGAGAUAGCAUGGAGGGAGGCGCCGUACCAUCCCCAAAGGGCGUGGCACGUGUACGCAGCUAGCAAGGUGGAGGCAGAGACCGCAGUGUGGAGGUUUCACUAUGAGAAUAUACGUCGCCGGUAUGACUUGGUCGUCAACACAGUGCUUCCAGGUACAAACUUUGGAAAGCCGCUUGAUGUGGUCAACCAAGGUCACCCCUCGACCUCGUCGUUCGUCGAGAGUCUCUGGAACGGCACGCACUUCGACCGGCUCGCAUCUAUCCCGCCGCAGUACUUUGUGGAUGUCCAGGAUACUGCCAGACUCCACGUGGCAGCGGCCGUGCUCCCCAACGUCCAGAAUGAGCGGAUCUUUGCCUGGGCCGAACCCUUCAACUUCGAUACAAUCCUCGACAUCUUGCGCACUCAGUUUCCUGGGAAGAAAUUUGCAGACAACUUCCACAAUUAUGAGGAGCUCUCCACCGCAGUUGAACCCCUAUCGCGAGCAGCAGAGCUGCUGGGGCAGUUGGGGAGGGAUGGUUUCGUUCCUUUGAAACAAAGCGUCCUUCUCAACGUUGGAGACCCAAGUGUCUUUGGGCCUCAAACGGUCAGUGAAAGAAACCACGAUUGCUGUUGA